GCCAAUCAGCAGCAUUACAAAAAAAAUUUACAAAUACUAAACAUGCAUGUGCAAAACAUCUUUUAAACUGUGAAUAUUGUACUGAAAGAUAUACUAAAGAACAAAUUCAAGAAAUUGUCCAAAAAGCAAAUGAAAAUGGAUCUAAUAAACGGCUUCGAGCAGGUUCUUUUAAUUCUAAUUUUGAAACUGAAGAUAAUGAAUCAAGAUCAACAUCUUCAAAUGAGAUAUUUAUUACUCAUCAAAAUUAUGAAUUACUUGAUAACUAUUGUAUAAUGAGCUAA